AUGGGUCGUGGGACUACAUUUGAAGUAAGUUCUGAUAUACCCAACAGCAACAUUGGACUAGUUAAAUGGUAUGAUAACAAGCCAGUUUCAUUAGGGUCAAAUUUUAUAACAUCAGGCACUCCAGAUGAAGUGUCUAGAUAUUGCAAAAAAGAAAAAAGAUACAUUUCCAUAAAGAGGCCUGAAAUAGUGAAACUUUAUAACCAAUCAAUGGGAGGUGUCGACAAAUAUGACCAACUAAUAAGUUUCUUUAGAACGUUUAUGAAAUCUCGAAAAUGGACCUUACGAAUGGUUACACAUGCCUUUGAUAUGGCAUGUGUAAACAGUUGGCUUGAAUAUAAAAUGGAUUGUAAGCAUUUGAAUAUUGUUAACAAAAAUAUUAUGGAUUUACUGCAUUUCAAAGAGCGAUUAGCUGAAACUCUUAUUUUGGUUGGAAAUAUUGUUAUAAGGAAAAGAGGAAGACCAAGAAAUAGUCCAGUUUCAUUAUCACCAUCGCCAUCAUCAUCACCGACUCCAGAAAUGCAAAAAAAAAUUAUUAAAAGAAUUGACCAGCGACCAUUUAAUGAAGUGAGGCAUGAUAAUGUAGGUCAUCUUCCUGAUUUUGACAACUUAGAUAAUGCAGUCCGUUGCAAGUAUGAAGGAUGCAAGCCUCGCAGCCAUGUGUUUUGUAAAAAAUGUAAAGUCCACUUGUGCUUCACAAAAAGAAACAAAUGUUUUACCUUAUACCACAAUAAAAAUGAAGUUCCUACAGAUUUGUAUUUUUAA